AUGUCCAGCUUCAAAGAUCAGUUGCAGAGGGAGGUGUGUGUGUACACAAUAUGCGACAGUACCGUUUCCGUGAUGGCUGGGAUGAGCGACACGGCAGACGAACUGGCGCUGCGUGCUUAUGACUCCACAACCGGAGCUUCCUAUCUGUGCCAACUGAGCGAAAGCGCAUUGCUGCAGAUGCAGAGCUCUCUCACGGAUCAGCCGGAUUGGGCGAGCUUCUUCCUCGCAAUCCAUAAUGCGUUUCAUUCGGGCGGCGUCUCCGUCAAUCGUGUCGAGGGACGGCCUGUUCCUGCAGCCGCCGCCGCAUUCUCUGCUGCUGGUGCUGAUCGCGGCAGCAAUGUUGCAAGCUCUCUCGAGGUGCAGUGCAUCGGUGGCGUGAAGGGAAAGUAUGCAGUUUUUAUUCUUGAUUACACUGCCGAUGGCCAGCAACGUUACAUCAUGGAACACCUCGUGCGCUCGCACGCCACGUACUGCCAUCCAAAGGAAUUCGAACAGAGGCUUGCACGACUAAGGACGGAGGAAGAGGCCGCUCGGGCGAAGCGAGACGGUUUGGACCGCGAGUUGGUCGCGUUGAAUGAGAAUUUGACGCGUAACAGGGAGAAGCUAAAAAUUUAUCUCGAUCGCAAAGCUGAACUUUUGGCGACGCUCGGUACACACAGCACGGACAACACCGACAAUCUGUGGAAACUGAUCAAGGAAAAAGAGCAAAAGGCUGUCGACGAGAACAACCAGUCGCAGCUGGCGAAUCCUCUGCGUGACCGCAGGUGCAAGGACUUUGACCCGCUGCUUUUGCGCAUGAUCAAGAGCCUCUACCUUUCGCCCGAGCAGUGCGACUCUUCCUCCCCCGCAGACCGCGUUGUGAUGCCUUUCUCGCAGGCCGAACUCGCAGCGCAGGUGGGGCUGCUGGACGACAAGCGCGCCGCGUUGUGGAGGGCGCUGGGAACGAUUGACUCGUGGAACUUUCGUGUCUUCGACAUCCAGUGUGCCAUGAGCGGGGACGACUACCUAUCACUUUCGUUUCAGCCAAACGGCGGGUCUCUCUUUGUGACUUUGUAUGCGCUGUUCUGCAAGAACGAUUUUUUGCACAGGUUCAACAUCGAUGAGCAGGUGGCUCUCAACUGGAUUAGCGCGGUGGAGGCUGGCUAUCACGGCAAUCCGUACCACAACUCGAUGCAUGCCGCCGACGUGCUUCAGAUCACGUACUUUAUCAUCAUCUGCGGCGGUCUCAAGAAGCGGUGCGAGCUGAGCGACCUGCAGGUGUUCGCUGCGCUGCUCGCGGCAGCGAUUCACGACUUCGAUCACCCUGGCAUCAACAACAACUUCCACAUCAAGACGAGCAGUCACCUCGCGACCCUGUACAACGACCGCAGCGUUCUCGAAAACUUGCACGUCAGCAGCGUCUUUGAGCUCAUGAAGAACCCGGCCUUUGACCUCCUUAGCAGCUUCAGCGCCGCGGAGCGACACGAGAUCCGCGACACGAUGAUUGAGAUGGUGCUCGCCACCGAUAUGGGCUCCCACGGGAAAUACGUGGCGAGCUUGAAAGGCAAGAUGCAGGAGCGAUCCACAUUCACGAAGCCUGAGGAGCAGGUUCUGGGCCUCGCCAUUGCGCUCAAGAUGGCGGACGUCUCAAAUUGCGGGCGCCCGCUUGACAUUUACCUGCCGUGGGGAGCAAAGGUCUCGGACGAGUUUUAUCAGCAAGGCGACCGCGAGCGCAAUCGUGGUCUCGACUGCAGUCCGUUCAUGAACCGACUUGAACCGAACCUGGCCAAGAGCCAGAUUGCCUUUAUGACCUACAUCAUCUCUCCUUUCUUUGAACAGAUCGCCGAGCUGCUUCCGGACAUGCGUUUUGCGGUAGGGCUGGUAGAGGAAAACAAAGCGUACUGGGCGUGUCACGACGACUCCUAA